AUGGUGGAGUGUCCAUCGGUGUACGAGCUUAUGGCGGACUACGACUUCCACUGGGGCGGCCAGAAGCCCGAGCUCCGCAUCGUGCGCCGCCAGCCCGACAGCAAGGCGCAUGCGGAGAGGGACGUAUCAAUUUGUUUCGCGCACCGGCACGGCCUCGCCUUUCGUACACCAUCACCGCGGUCCGGCAUGGAGGUGAAGCGAUCGCAGCAGUGGAAGUACGUGCUACUAGCGGCAGUGCCGGGCGUGCUGGCGCUGCUGCGGCUGAUCAGCCCCGUGCAGGCCAGCUGCCUCGUCAUGCUCGCCUACAUCCUCUCGCGCCGCCACUCCAACGAGAUCCAGAGCCAGUGGGACCGCGCGCAGGCCGCCAAGGAGGCGUCGCGGAGGGCGGAAGAGGAGGCCCUGGCGGCGCUUCCCGCGCGCAAGCGGAAGGCGAUUCAGCGCGCGCGGGCGAAAGAAGCGGCGAGCGCGGAACAGGCAGGGGGAGACGCAGAGGACAGCGGGGAGGGUAGCGACCAAUAG